ACGGAUCAGUGUGUGGGAUUCACUCCAAGUCGACCGUGUCGCUAUGGGAACUUUGCAGCUAUGUUAGAUAACACCCCAUCUACUCAUCUGUUUUCUACUCACAUCAAAACCUGUCUGAGUUUUACUCGAUGGAGUCUGGAGCGGGACGAGGCGACGGGAUCCACCGCACGCUUUGGAAACACAGGAUGUGUGUGUAAAAGUGGACAGACCGGGGCCAGUAAUGGAGCCUGAGCUGAACUGCAGCUCCCGCUGUGAUUCCCCUCUGUGCUUCAUCCACACAGAAGUCAACAGGCAGGAGGGCCUCGACAUUCUGCAGAGACUAUGCAGCCUCAGCACGCUGGCCGUGGAGCUCCCGAGGCGCACGCUCUCCCCGGUGCUGAGUGCUGUGGUGUGGACGCUGCUCUCCUGUGGCAUCCUGCUGGCCUUCUGCUUCCUCCUCUUCACGCUGCGCUUCAAAAACAACAGGAUAGUGAAGAUGUCCAGUCCAAAUCUGAACAUCCUGACUCUGUUGGGGAGUCUCCUCACUUACAGCAGUGGCUUCUUAUUUGCCGUGGAUGAACGCACACACUGGCACGGUGGAGCAUCUUCGGCUGUGCUCCAAGCUCGACUGUGGACCCUGUGUGUCGGCAGUACCCUGGUGUUUGGUCCGAUUCUGGGGAAGACGUGGAGACUGUACAGGGUUUUCACCCAGCGACUGCCCGACAAGAGAGUGAUCAUCCGAGACAUCCAGCUGAUGGGCAUGGUGGCUUUGUUGAUCCUGGUGGACCUGCUGCUUCUCACCUUCUGGAACCUCACAGACCCCAUCAGGUGUUCACGAUCUGUCGCAGCUGUUGUCAAGGUGGUGGACAGAGACGUUUCCUACACAUUGUCACAGAUGGACUCUUGCUCUUCUGUGUACUCAGAUCUAUGGGCUAUCAUUAUUGCUGUUCAGAAGGGCAGUCUCCUCCUCUAUGGCACUUACCUGGCAGGGUUGACCAGCAAUGUCAGCCACCCUCCAGUCAACCAGUCUCCCACCAUCAUAACCACCGUCACUCUGGUCACCCUCUCUUCAGCUGUGGUCGUCCCUGUGUCCGUCUUCUUGCACGCCUGGCCCAACCUGGUCUACAGCACUGUGGCCGGAGCCAUCUUCAUCUGCACACUAGCCACUAACUGUAUGCUGUUUGUGCCUCAGCUGACCCAGUGGCGGCAGUUUGAGGAGGAUCAGAACAACCCGGGUCAGAUGGCGAAGUAUUUCAGCAGCCCCAGUAAGAGCCAGCCGUCUGUGUACAGCCAGGAUGAGAUCUACUACCUGCUGGGCGAGAACAACUCCAUGAAAAAGCUCCUCAGUGAGAAAAACGCUGUGAUUGACAGCCUCCAGGAGCAGGUGAGCAACGCCAAGGAUAAACUAUUGCGCCUCAUGUCAGCCAGCCAGUCGUGUGAGGACAUGGAUUCGUCUGCCACCAACCUCAACUCCUCCUCCACUCAGACCACAGAGCUUCAGUCCGACGGCCCCUCUUCUUCUUCUCUACCUCAGAGAGAUGCUAAAUCUCAACUGUCACCUCCUCACCUCACUGCUGCUGCUGUGUCAUCACCUAUUUUUACAUUGUCUUCAGAGCGUUCCGCUGCUCCAAACUCCUCAAACCCCAAGAUGGCUUCCUCCCCGCUGCCUCGUGAUGUGUAUGCUGGUGAAAACCUAUUGAGUGUGUCCCUCCCUGGCUCCACAGACAAAGACACGAGAACAGGGGAAGAUCUCAAACAGCCCAUGUCCCUCCCGUCCUCUGGAUUACCUCGGACAGCAGAGGAGACCGUCAACUUUGUCACAUCUCUACAGUACCGUAGAGGGUUAAACCCCUUUCAGGUUGAAACUUCUGGCCAAACAUCUCAGCUGAGACCGACUGGCUUUGUGAGCAGUGAGCAGUUGCAGGAGAUCCUCCAGGAGCUCAGCCUGGACGCGGUCCUGGAAGGCGCACUUCGAUCUCCCAGUCAAAAAGCCAGGACCCCCUCUCAGUUACAAUUCUCAGAGGACUCCGCAUUCUCGCCGCUUUCCCUGCGGACACCACGCUCCCCUUAUCCACCCGUUCUCUUCCGUUACCCCAGCAUCUCCCCCUAUGCGAUGAGGAAACGUCGGCCACCAUUCAACAAUUCCAGGAGAGGUUUGACGCCUCCCUGCUUCUACACAGGAUGUGGGAAGAUAAAGGAAAAGUGUGAACGCCAACAUCCAGGUGGGAACCAUGAUGAGGCCACUGUGGAUGGGACCUUCCACAACAGCGACCUUGGGUUGCAGGAGGCGGAGGAGGAGGCAGAAAGCCAUAAAGCGAUAAGAAAGUGUCAGAGGGGAGUUUUGAAGUCUCACAGAUGUUCAGGGUUGCGCUGCACAGAACACGAUCACGCGGCUCCACCAGAUGCAGAGGCGGGUGGUGAUAAUGAGCAGCACCACAGACACAUUAGAGACUCCUGUGGGUACUGGGACUCGGACUCCAGCAGCUCAACAGACUACUGUUACUACCAUCGUCCGUACUGUGACUCCUGCCUGCAGAGGGGCUCGCUCCUCUCCUCUGACAGCUCCUCGGACUCCUCGGACAGCGAGUACGAAGACUUUACCAGCCUGUACCGCUCCUCGCACCCUGUAGUGUUUAAAGAAGACCUCAAACCAACCUUUGUAUGAGCAGGGGUUCAUGCAAAGACUCUAUUUAAUCAAACAUAUGACAUCUACUAUGACAGAUAAUUUGAGUGAAUAUGUUCUGCCGUUUACUUUUUUAAAUAUUAAUUAUGGUAUUAUUUGUGUAUUUCUGCUGUCACAUGAAACCUUUACAUUCCAAAACUGUGUAAGUCGGACAUUUAGCUAAAUUUAAGGUUUUCAAAUGACGGUUAUUAGUUAUGUUAUAUUUAUUGUAAUAUUUAUUAGUGGUUGUUUUGGAGUACAGAAUCAUUUUCUGUCUGUUUUAUUGUUUCACACUGGCAAAUGUGAUAAUGAAAAUGUUGCUCUGCCAUUUUGUUGUUUGUAUAAGUUUGAAAUGCCCUGCGUUGUCUACACAACACAAAACUUGUCACAUGCUUCCCAUCCACAGCUGGUUCAUGAGACACUGCACGCUGUCAGAGCAACUGGUGAAAACAGGUCACUGCUACCAUUUUUGUACACUUAUUUUCUGGAUAUCAGUAUAUUGUCUUUAAUCAUUCAGAUCUUCAAAUCAUCAUCGGUUUUCUCAGGCCACACCACUUCAUAUUCAUGCUGCAUCUUCUCCUGUUUUAAUACGAUAUAUAACAGGAAAGAAGAUUAGUUCACCCCAAGGGCAAUACUUCAAUACUAUAUAGCACUAUAUUAAAAAUGUACUGAAUAAAUAAGACAUCAAAGCAUGAAAGGACAAACAGAAAGUGUAAAAAAUAUUGGUGUGUGCAGGCCUUGAUUAGUCUGCAGGGAGGACAAAAAGGAGACCCUCUUAAUGUCAAUCUUAAUCAUUACCAAAAUACUUCCUAAAGACAGAUGGAGUUGUUAUCAUAUCUCUCCAGCACCCUCUCCCCAUCUUAUUUUAAAUUUCUCUUUCCUGAUGUACCCAUCUCUGUAUCUCCCUCUCACCCACUAUCUCCUCUCUGCAUUUGAUUCUUUUCUACAUCUAAUAGGAAAAUGUGAGUUCGCCUGAGGAGGUGCUGCUAUGAAGGAAAAGCUGCUUCUUGCGUUACUUAUGCUCAGCUGCCUGUUUUAAGGCGCUGUUUCUCUCUAUUCUGCAUGUGAACCAUUGAGGGGCAGCCUGAGAGAAAUUCCCUUUGAUACAGAGCAGAGUAUAAAUAAACCACACAAAAGACUGACUACCAGCAUCUUUCUGGAGAGGAAACGACUUUCCUGCCAAGCCCAGAUAAGUGACCUGCAUUCUGUCUGAGAUCAGGGAAAAGUGGAGGAAAUGUAGAAUUGUUGAAUAAAAAUAGUUUCUCAUA